UCCUGGUUAAAAUUUAUUCCGCCCCUUUAUUUCUGUCCUUAUGUUUCAGCAAGAAAUCGUUAAUUUAUUUUUUUCCUUUUAAUUCAAGGGGAAGCUUUAUUUCACUCUUGAAUAAUUUACAAUAAUAAUUUAUCUAAAACCCUAAUGUAAUAACAGGAUUUUUGACACAAGUUCGUUGAGGCUGCGAAACAUUAAAAAAUAAUCUAGGCACAAAAAUAUUAAAAACCUGAGGCAGACGUUUUAAUAUCGCUUCGUGGGUGCCAAAGUAACAAGUACCCUCAACAAAAACCAACAACAAUAAUUAUAAUUAUAAUAAUAAUUUAAGAUCUGAAGCCUAAUUGAAGUUAUUUAGUGCUUCCCGUCUCCUUUACGAAGAUAAAACACUUGCAAUAUUAUUACACAAUCGUUCACGUUUAGAUCCAAAUAAUACGGCGAUGUGCCCUUAACUCUCUCGUUUUUCAUUCUCACUCCUCUCUCUGUUAAUUCUUGUUAGAAUUAUCUCAGACAUGAUCAAUGGAUGGAAAACUGUGGUGUGUGGAAUAUCCGGAGGAGUUGAUAGUGCUGUCGCAGCUAUUUUACUUCGUAAAACAGGUUACAAUGUCUUGGGUCUGUACAUGCGAAACUGGGACAUAGCUGAUGAGAAUGGUUUUUGUGCAGCAGAAACAGAUUUCGAAGAUGCUCAGUACACAUGUGAUAAACUGAAAAUACCUCUACAUCAAGUGAAUUUUGUCAAAGAAUACUGGAAUAAUGUCUUCAGUUCUUUCCUUCAGGAUUAUCAGAAAGGAUUAACGCCCAACCCAGACAUUCUUUGCAACAGACAUAUCAAAUUUGAUGCCUUUUUGAAGCAUGCUCUUGGUAAACUUGGCGCUGAUGCCAUAGCAACUGGUCACUAUGCACGUGUUGGUCGGGGCCCUGAAAAUCUAAGAAGAUCUCAGCCUGAUCCCCGAGUGAAAUUAUUAAGUUCUGUUGAUUCUGUGAAAGACCAAACAUUUUUCUUGUCACAAAUAUCUCAGGAAUCCUUGCAGAAAUCUCUCUUUCCCGUUGGUAACCUGCCAAAGAAGGAGGUCAGAGAGAUAGCAUGUUCUCACGGCUUGGAAAAAAUAGCAAGGAAGAAAGAGAGUAUGGGAAUCUGUUUCAUUGGUUCCAGAAAUUUCUCAUCUUUCAUUAAAGAGUAUGUUGUGCCUUGCCCAGGCAAUUUUGUUGAUGUAGAGACGGGCAAAAUAGUUGGACAGCACCAAGGUAUUCAUUUCUGGACCUUGGGACAACGUACCAAUCUUGGCGGCCACUCUUACGCCUAUUUUGUUGCAGAAAUUAACCCCAACAAUCAAGACAUAAUUGUGGCUCCAGGUACCCACCACGCAGCAUUAUUUAGAGACUCCUUCAUCACUGACAAACCGCACUGGAUCCACUCAGAACCAGAAUUUAACGAAGGUGUGGCUACAGUGAGCUUCCGUUUCCAACAUAUCCAUCCAUUAGUGACUUGUCACAUACAGAGGUCUAAUGACGACAAAUACACUGUGACGCUAGAGAAACCACUGCGUGCUAUCUGCCCUGGUCAGUAUGCAGUGUUCUACAAAGACGAAGAGUGUUUGGGCAGUGCAAAAAUUCUAACAGUAAAUCCUUCAUACUGGAGGCAAAAUAAACAAAAUCCCAUUGACCCAACCAAAGAUUUCUUGUGACAAAAACCACCAUUAGAUAAGAAAUAAAAUUAUUUUCAUUCAUAAAAUA